CGAGUUCACAUCAUUUUUUUUGUGAGGGUUAACUUUCCACUAUUUGAAGGCAACUAAUUCAAUUGAAAGGGUAUAUCAAAACUAUAUACAAUUAAAGAUGAGUGAUCAAAAUUGGAAGAAUAUAUCCAAUGAAUUAAGACGUCGUGCUGCUCAAGCUCGUGGUAGUGGUCAAGGAGCUCCAAGAUCACCAUUUGGAAUUUUCACCGGUAUUGGAGGUCUUUUAUUACUUGGAGGUGUUUCAGUCCUUGCUCAAAAUGCUUUAUUCAACGUUGAUGGUGGUCAAAGAGCUAUAAUAUACUCUCGUGUUGGAGGUGUUCAACCAAAUAUUUAUCCAGAAGGUACCCAUUUCGUGAUCCCAUGGUUCCAAAGACCAAUUGUUUAUGAUGUCAGAGCCAAACCAAGAAACGUUGCUUCUUUAACUGGUACUAAGGAUUUACAAAUGGUUAAUAUAACAUGCAGAGUCUUAUUCAAACCAGAUGUUGGUCAAUUACCAAAUAUUUACAGAACUUUAGGUAGUGACUAUGAUGAAAAAGUCUUACCUUCAAUUGUUAAUGAAGUUUUAAAAUCAGUGGUUGCUCAAUUUAAUGCAUCUCAAUUAAUCACUCAAAGAGAAAAGGUUUCCAGAUUAGUGAAAGAAAACUUAAUACGUCGUGCUUCCAAAUUCAAUAUCUUAUUAGAUGAUGUUUCAUUAACUUUCAUGACUUUCUCCCCAGAAUUCAGUGCUGCUGUUGAAGCAAAACAAAUUGCUCAACAAGAUGCUCAAAGAGCAGCUUUCGUAGUUGAUAAAGCCAUUCAAGAAAAACAACAAUUGGUGGUUAAAGCUUCUGGUGAAGCUAAAUCAGCUGAAUUGAUUGGUGAAGCCAUUAAGAAAUCUAAAGAUUAUGUUGAAUUAAAGAGAUUAGAUACUGCUAAAGAAAUUGCUACUAUUUUAGCCAAUUCUCCAAACAGAAUCUUAUUAGAUAACGAUACUUUAUUAUUAAAUACCGUUACUGAUUCACGUAAAUAAGUACAUAACUUUAAAAUUAAAUUGUAAAUAGAAAAAUCGAAGUCAAAAAUAAAAGCAAAAAUUAGUUUAUAUUUCAAUCAAACAAGUUGUAACACUAAACACAUUCCUAUAUAAGU